GACAAGUCUGCGGUCACAGGCCAAGUCGAGUUUCGGCAUGGUCAGUUUCGGCUAAUAAAUUAAUUAUUAUCUAUUUCAUAAUUGUUACUGCUAAGUAAUAAUUAUAAAGAUUUGUGUUUUUAUAGUAUUGAUUAUUGAAGGAACUAUAAACGCAGCUAUUUCAAAUCAUUUAAAUUCAACCAACGUUUCAGAGCUCAACUAUAACUGGUGAUUAUAAAAUCGUAAAAUAAAAGUUACAGAACUACCUAUAUAAAUUAGAUUUCUAAUAAGAAGUUGGAAGAAGCAUUAGAUUAUGUCUGGUGAUAGUGGAUGCGAAGUUGAUGUAAUGUAUGGUUUAAAAAAUGUCUUGAGUCGUAUUGAAGGUGCUGUAGCAAGGAGAAAUAAGGAUCUACCACAAAUACUACCAACUCUAGUGGCUGCAUCUAAAAUCAAGCCAGUUCCUCUCAUCAUACAAGCAUAUGAAGCUGGACAGCGCCAUUUCGGGGAAAAUUACGUCAACGAGCUUGCAGAUAAAGCAAGCGACCCACAAAUAUUGGAAAACUGUAAAGAUAUAAAAUGGCAUUUUAUUGGUCACUUGCAGACUAAUAAAAUUAAUAAAUUGAUCCAGUCCCCCAACUUGUAUAUGGUGGAAACAGUGGAUUCCGCUAAACUUGCUGAUAAUUUGAACAAACAGUGGGAGAAGUUCCGUAAAACUGAUGAUAAGUUGAAGGUUAUGGUGCAAGUUAAUACCAGUGCUGAAGAAGCAAAAAAUGGUAUAGAGCCACAAGAAACAACAACAUUAGUGAAGCAUGUUCUAGAGAAUUGUGCCAACUUAGAUUUCAAAGGGCUAAUGACUAUCGGCCAAUAUGACUAUGAUGUAUCCAGAGGGCCGAAUCCAGACUUCAUAUUGCUUGCUAAAUGCAGACAAGAAGUAUGUGAGAGCCUUAACUUGGAUGUUAAUAAUGUUGAAUUGUCUAUGGGAAUGUCAACAGAUUUUGAACAUGCUAUUGAGUUGGGGGCCACUACGGUGCGUGUCGGUACUACAAUCUUUGGUGCAAGACCAAAAAAAGCUUAAGCUAUUUAUGAAAUGAUAAAAUAUCAGGGCUUCCAUAAAAUACAAGUAAAAUUUGUUAUCGUAGUUGAUCAAUAUAAUUGAUAUGCUAGGAUACGUUACGGCUAAGAUAUAUCGUUUUAUUGUUAUUUAGUUUUUCUAUUAUACUUUUCUCUGAAUAAAUAUUAUGAAGAUUAA